UUAAUAUGUCAUUCAAUGCUGAUUUUUAUAAUUGAUUUUAACAUCUCACUUUGAAAAAAAUACACUAAAUAUGAGUAGUAAUCUUAGUAGCUCUUUAAAUUAUGUAUAUAGUUGUUCUUUAGAGACAAAUGUGCAAAUUAAAAUCGGAACUCUUGAAGGUAUCAAACAUAAUUAUGAUUAUGAAAAAAUAUUAAGUGAUCCUAUGAAAAAAUUUUCUGGUUUAUACCAAAAGUCUUUUUCUGAUCUUGUUAUAUACUGUCAAGUAUACAGUGAUGGUAAACCAUUAAGUUUACCAGUUUCAACUUCAUACAAACAUUUUACUAACCGCUGGAGCUGGAACGAAUGGGUUGUACUACCAAUUCAAUUUAGUGAUUUACCACGUAAUGCCUUAUUAACACUGACAGUGUACGAUUGUGCUGGACCAGUUACUAUGACAGCUGUUGGUAGUACAUCUAUAUCAUUAUUUGGUAAACAUGGUGUAUUUCGACAAGGUAUGAUUGAUCUCAGGGUAUGGCCUGAUAGAGAUUCUGAUAGUAAUAUAUCUUCUACACCAGGCAAGUGUUUAUCGGAUACUAAUCGUAUGCAAUCACUUGCUAAAUUGGCCAAACAGCAUAGAAACGGAAAUAUGCCUGAAGUUGAUUGGUUAGAUAGAUUAACCUUUAGAGAAAUUGAACUCAUUAAUGAAAAAGAAAAAAAGACCUCAAAUUAUCCUUACUUAAUGAUAGAAUUUCCAGAAAUUAUAUCAAAUGGUAUUGUUUAUAGUGUUGUACAUUAUGAACAAGAUGGUGAUGAAAUAUAUCCAUUUAGAGUUAACCCAGAUAUAGUUACUGUACCAGAUGCUGAAGUUAUGCAGGAAAAUUUAGUUGAAAGUAAACAUCAUAAACUUGCUAGAAGCUUAAGGAGUGGAAUAUCCGAUAAGGAUGCAAAACCAACUGCUCCACUUAGAGACAUGUUAAAUACCAUUGUUGGUUAUCCUCCUACUAAAAUAUUGACAACAGAAGAACAAGAUCUUAUAUGGAAGUACCGAUUUUAUCUUUGUAAUCAAAAAAAGGCCUUAACAAAAUUUUUAGAAUGUGUUAACUGGAAAUUGCAUGGAGAAGCUUUACAGGCAUUAGAUAUGAUGUAUCAAUGGGCUCCAAUGGAUGUAGAUGAUUCAUUACGUUUAUUAAGUCCGGCAUUUAAACAUUCUUCAGUACGGAAAUAUGCUGUAGAAAGGUUACAACAAGCUACUGAUGAAGAUUUACUUUUGUAUUUGCUACAGUUAGUUCAAGCACUCAAGUACGAAAAUUUCGAACAUAUAACCAACAGUUUAAAGUUAAUGGAAGACAAAUAUCCAGUAACCGAUAGUUUAACAGAAUCAAUAUCUGGAUUAAGUUUAAAAGACAGUAGUGAUAGCAAUAUUCCUUGUACAAUUAAUCAUUUUGAAAUGUGUAGACCAGAAGAUAUGGAUCUGGCACGGUUUUUGAUUCAUAGAGCUAGUAAAAAUUUUAGUUUGGCAAAUUAUUUUUAUUGGUAUUUAAUGAUUGAAUGUGAAGAUCAAGAUUCUACUAUCAAACAAGAUAUUCGUGUUCGUAAUAUGUAUUUGAGUGUUAUGAAAACAUUUUUGAUGACCUUAUAUAAUGGUAGUACUGAAUGUCAAAGGAUACAUGCAAUGUUAACACGUCAACAAAAUUUUAUCGAUCGUUUGGUCAGGAUUAUCAAAACUGUUGCUAGAGAAAGUGGUAAUCGUAAAAAAAAAAUUGAUAAGUUACAAGCACUAUUAGCUGAAACUGAUACAAAAUUUAGUUUCAUGACUUUUGAACCUCUUCCUUUACCGUUGGACCCUAGUAUACAUAUUACUGGUAUAAUUCCAGAGAAAGCAGUUCUAUUUAAAUCUGCUCUUAUGCCUUCAAGACUUACAUUCAUGGUGCAAGACAACAAAGAGUAUGUAGCUAUUUUUAAACAUGGUGAUGAUUUGCGACAAGAUCAACUAAUAUUACAGAUCAUUACACUUAUGGAUAAACUUUUAAGAAGUGAAAACUUGGAUUUGAAACUUACACCAUACCGAGUGUUAGCCACAAGUACACGACAUGGUUUUGUCCAGUUUGUAAAUUCACUGCCUGUAGCUGAAAUAUUAGCAACAGAAGGUUCUAUACAAAAUUAUUUUCGUAAAAAUCAUCCAAAUGAGAAUGCACCUUUUGGAAUAUCUCCUGAUAUCAUGGAGAAUUACAUAAAAAGUUGUGCAGGUUAUUGUGUAAUUACAUAUUUACUUGGAGUUGGUGAUCGUCAUUUUGAUAAUUUGUUACUGACAUCAACUGGCAAACUAUUUCAUAUUGAUUUUGGUUAUAUAUUAGGAAGAGAUCCUAAACCUUUACCUCCUCCUAUGAAAUUAAGUAAAGAAAUGGUUGAAGCAAUGGGUGGUGUUAAUAGUGAACACUAUCAUGAAUUUAGAAAAUUAUGUUAUACUGCCUUUUUGCAUUUGAGACGCCAUGCUAAUCUUAUACUGAAUCUUUUCUCUUUAAUGGUAGAUGCCAGUGUUCCUGAUAUUGCAUUAGAACCGGAUAAGACUGUAAAUAAAGUUCAGGAUAAGUUUAGAUUAGAUUUGGGAGAUGAAGAAGCUGUACAUUAUUUACAAAAUUUAUUGGAUAUGUCAGUUACAGCUGUGAUGGCUGUACUUGUUGAGCAGUUGCAUAAAUUUGCUCAAUAUUGGAGGAAAUAAAGGUGAACAAUAGAAUAAAAACUAAAAAUAAAUAAUUUUGGAAUUUUUAUUUAAAUGUUAUAUCAUGAAUUGUAUUAUUAUUAUCUUGUGGAUUAUGUAACAUAUGCAAACAAUAAAACCCUUUAUGUAUUGAUAAUU